UUCAAGAGCUCUUUUCGACUUGCUGUACCAAGUCAUGACAAGGAACUUUAUAUGGUGCCAGAUCUAUGGCCUAGAGGUAUUCUGGUGAACCAUUUUCAGAAUGUUCAGCGCCAAUUCCUGGCACAAAUAUAGAACCUGAAGCUAUAGAGCCAGUAAGGAAUAUUUCUAAUUCUGACACACUCCUCAGGGUGUUCCAUAUAAAUAUAAGGUCUCUGCGUAAUAAAUAUCUGCAAUUAGAAGCUUUUAUCAAUGACAAAAAUAUUGACAUCUUAUGUAUUACUGAGCAUUGGAUGUCAUCAAUAGAAUUAGAAGCCAUACAAAUAGAAGGUUUUACAUUAGUGGCAUUUUCAACUAGGCAGCGUCACAUAGGUGGAGAUCUCCCUCGGGAAAUUUUGACACUUUUUUGCGGGCUUUGGAAGGGAAACUUAAUGAAUUGGGUAUGGCGAGGAGCAUGCUGGUGGCGGGUGACUUUAAUGUGCACUUUGGGACUGUCGACAACAGGGUUGCUCCUUUGUGUGAUGCUCUGGGUGGUUAUGGCUUGCAUCAUCUAUUUCAGGCAGCAACUAGACAGGGUGUUUGCUUGGAUAAUGUCUUUGUAAGUCCCCAUAUCAAUGUACUUUCAUCACUUGUUGUACAACCCAAUAUCUCAGACCAUGAUGGUCAGCAGGUUGACUUUUCAGUACCUACAUCCCGCAGUUUAAUACAUACAAAAAAAAUAUGCCGGCCUGUAACACAACAUGGGCUUUUUAAUUUCCAUAACAUUAUUUCAGAUACACCUUGGCAUUUUGUAUCAGAGCCUAACAUAUUGGUUGAAGAAAAGUUUAUCACAUUUCUAAACAUUUUAGAGGAUACAUGCUUGAAGUGUUUUCCCAUAAAGCAGUUUACUGUGAGAUCAGAUCAAUCCAAUAAUAUUUCCUGGUUUAGUGACGAGCUUAGAGGGAUGCGUGAGAGGCUUAGGUUUCUUGAAUUGGUGAGUAAACAAUACACAGAUGUAUAUCAUAAAAAUGUGUUUCUUCAGUACAGAAAUAAAUACAACAAAGCAAUAAAAGUAGCAAAAAUUAAAGCAAAUGACCGACUCAUUCAAUCUUCAAGUAAUCCUGGUCGCACUAUGUGGCAAGUCAUAAAUAAAUCUUGUGGCAAUAAAACUGGAAGGGUUAGAGAUUGUAGUCUUACAGCGAAUGAUUUUAACAACUUCUUUUUGGGUGUAGGUCAGGGUAUCAUGUCAGGAAUGCCAAUUUCAAAUAUUGAUCCAAUAUCAUUGAUUCCCAAACAUGAUAUUGUUUUUUCUUUCAAUGAAGUAUCCUAUAACAAAGUCCGUGAUAUUAUCUCCAGCCUCAAAAAUAAAAAUAGUAAGGAUAUUUUUGGUCUAAAUGUUAAAAUAUUAAAAUCAAUUACAAAUGAAAUUAUUGUUCCACUUACAAAUUUAAUCAAUUUGUGCCUUAAAGAAUCAUGCUUUCCAUCUGUUUUAAAGGAGGCACUUGUAAUUCCUUUGUUUAAGAAGGGUGAUUGCAAUAAACCAGAUAAUUACAGGCCUAUAUCUCUUUUACCAAUUGUGUCCAAGAUUUUAGAGAGGUGUCUAGCUGAACAGAUUGCGGACUUCUUUAAAAAAAACAACUUAUUUAGCAAAUGUCAAUUUGGUUUUCGUAAAGACAAAAGUACAGUUCUGGGCGUCUUGGAUUUGGUUUCAGAUAUUCUUGAAGGUUUUCAAAAUUUUCAAUAUGACACAGUUCUUUGCUGCGACCUGAGUAAAGCUUUUGAUUGCGUCGACCAUGGGAUCCUUCUUGGAAAGCUCAAAGCCUAUAAUUUUAAUCCAUCAAGCAUUCAACUUAUGAAAUCUUACCUUGAGGGCAGGUGUCAGUCUGUGAGUUUUGCUGGGGUGGCGUCGGCAAUAGGCGAUAUUACAAUGGAUGUGCCUCAGGGGUCAAUUCUGGGACCCAUUCUUUUUUUAAUAUAUAUCAAUGAUCUUCCACUAAUUAGUGAAUAUGCAAAAUUUACCCUCUUUGCCGAUGACACCACAGUAUCCUUUCGGGCUGACACUCUGGGUGCUUCCCUGGAGGGAUCCCUGGUGGCGCGGGAAGGAGUUGAAAGCUGGUUCUGCAGCAAUCGGCUUCUCAUGAACUCAGAUAAGACACUUAAAAUCAUUUUCUCUAUGAGGGAACUUGGGCAGGUGGAGUCUGCUGACACAACUAAAUUUCUAGGAGUCACACUAGACCAACGUUUACAUUGGGGUCAUCACAUCAACCAACUGACUUUAAAGCUAAACAAAGCUGCCUAUCUAAUAAGAGGGCUCAGUGAUAGGGUCUCAGCAGCAGUUCUGAGAACUGCAUACUUUGGUGUUUUCCAUUCACACUUGUCAUAUAGUAUUCUAGCCUGGGGACAUGCAUCUGAUACCAAACGUGUGUUCGGUAUACAGAGAAGGGUGAUAAGGGUACUAGCUGGUCUUGCAUAUAGGGAGGACUGCAAGGCAGCCUUUAAACAACUUGGCAUUCUCACCCUGCCCUCAGUGUACAUUUUGGAAAACCUUCUGUAUGUUAAACGUAAUACUCAGUCUUUUACUACUCACCAAGAUAUACAUGGCUAUAAUACUCGCCAUAGAACUGACUUUGUACCUCCUUACUGCCGUCUGGAAAGGUGUCGGGAUGGACCGGGCUUUUGGGGAAUAAAAUUAUUUAUUGCUCUUCCCUCUGAAAUAAAAUACUUACCUCUAAACAGUUUUAAAACAAAAAUCAAAAAAGUUUUAUUAGUGAAUGCUUUUUAUUCAUUAGAGGAGUUUUUUAACCACAUAUUUUAAGGUGAUUUUACUGUGUUUUUAUAACAUCAUUUAUUGUUUUAGUUAU